UUUCCGGGGGAAGGAGAGCGGCCGAGCGCCAGACCGGGACCCGGCCAUGUCGGGCCGAAGGCACCUGUGGCCCAAAGUGAUCUUAUUCGGAGACUCCAUCACUCAGCAGUCCUUUGAUAAAGGAGGUUGGGGUGCUGCAAUUGCAAACAGACUUGUUCGGAAGUGUGAUGUACUGAACCGUGGCUUAUCAGGUUAUAACACAAAGUGGGCCCUAACUGUUCUGCCAAAAAUUAUUACUCAACCUGCUGACCAAGAAACAAUUGCUGCUGUUGCAGUCUUUUUUGGAGCAAAUGACUCUGCCCUGAAAGAUAUAAAUCCAGCGCAACAUAUUCCUAUCACCGAGUAUGCUGAGAAUCUGAAACGUAUAGUCCAAUACCUGAAGUCUAUAGAUAUUUGUGAAGACAAGGUGAUCAUGAUAACUCCAUCUCCACUGGAUGAAUCAGCUUGGGAAAAGGAGUGCAUUGCCAAAGGUAGUAAAUUAAACAGAUAUAAUUCAGUAACCAACCAGUACGCUGGGGUCUGUGUCAAGGUAGCAAAAGAAUGUGGAACUGAUGUGCUUGAUCUCUGCACCUUGAUGCAAAUGAAAAAUCAGGACUUUUCCUCUUACCUUUCGGAUGGACUGCAUUUAUCAGAGAAAGGGAAUAAAUUUCUGGAAACCCAUUUAUGGACCCUGCUGGAAAAGAAAACUGAAAGACUACCAAUGAUUCUGCCUCACUGGAGUAACAUCGAUCACCUGAAUCCUGAAGCCAGCCUCCUGGUGUAAUUAAUCACAGAGGGUUUCAACACAUUAAACAUUUCAAUGGAAUAUGUAUGGACCUCAGGAGCAGUUAUGAAGAGUGACAGCAAACAUACAAGACACAUUUGUAUGACGGAAACUUUUCAGGAGGCAGCAAAUGAAUUCCAGUUUUAUAUUUUAGGUUUCAAUUAAGUAUCAUUUGCUUCAUAAGAGUAAUGAAAGGAAAGAUAUGAAUAAUACACGGAUAUCUGAAACAUGUAAAAGCUUCAAAAUAAAGUGAUGCUGAAGUAACAAUUUGAAAUUA